UCGCUCUCAGCGAGUGAUGAAUUACUGAUCUGGACGGAGUGUAUAAGUAGAAGAGUCUCAAAGUCCCACGAUCGGUUCUGGUCGACCGGACGUAUUCUCUCAGAUCUCGAACCCAAGUCGUGCCUGAUUUCAGAAUUGAACCUCCACCAACUCGGUCCAGUCGACGGCAUUGUCCUUGAUCAGCGUCAUGCCUUUUAUCUGCUGGACCCUCACUGGGCUCAUCGUAAGCUCUGUACUCCUGUAGAGUCCAGAAGAUGUCCUCGGCGGCCAACCAUCUGCUGUAUAUCUUGACUGAUUCAAAUCUACCCACCGGUGGGUUUAUAGCAUCCUCAGGAUUGGAAUCGUACGUGACCCAUGGAUUUCUCAAGUCGACCGAAGGGGAUGCUCGUGGAUCAAAGGGCGCAGCCACCACUGGAACGACUGCCAAGGCGUCAAAGUCCGACUCGAUAGGCGAAUGGAUCACUCGAUUUGGAACUGCAGAAAUGGAUAAUUACGCCUCAACCACCGUUCCAUAUCUGAACGACGCAUGGACGGCAUCCACCUCGUAUCUUGCCAUCGAUCACCCAUCUGACUCGGAUCUGCCUACCGUCAUCGACAGGCUCGAGACCCUGGACAAUUAUCACGAAGCGUCUCUGCUCUCGCACGUUGCGAGGAGAGCGUCGAAAGCUCAAGGAGUGGCUAUCCUGAUGCUGUACGUGAGAUCAUUUGCAGGGCAGCAGAACCAGACCCAGCGCGUUGGACCCGACGAAGGGACGAAUGCCCGACUUGCAGAUGAGCUCGUCGCGAAGUACAAGCAUAGAAUUAGAGCUGGAAAAGCUCCCGGACACUUGUCCAUAUGCUUUGCCAUCUUAUGUGCAGCUUUGGAUCUGACCCGAGAACAAUGCUUGCAUCUGCAUCUUUAUCUCCAUGCAAGGUCUGUUCUGUCGUCUGCGGUGAGAUUGAACCAGGUCGGACCAUAUGAAUCGACAUCCCUACUGGCAACUCGAUUCAAGGAUCUCGUAGAGGUCGCUAUGAGGUCUCAUGGAGGCGCUGGGACGGGACUGUUCAGGGAUCAAGAGGACACUUCAACGAUUGAGGGCCAGACAAUGCCACGUAAGAAGGUUCAGCAGGAGUUUUGGGCCUGGGCAUACGAUGCAGAAACCUUUGGCCCAGCCACGACGUGGCCUUUGGGGGAGAUCCUGCUCGCGAGGCAUGAUCUACAGCACACAAGAUUAUUCAAUUCAUAGACUGACACGAUAGAAUGACGGGCGAGGCCACGUCUGUUCAGACAAU